GUUGUUAGAAUUGACUGUCAUCGUUAAAUAAACUAAUGGAACCGUGUAGCGUUUCUAAAUAGGAAAGACACUCCCUUUUCUAUUGUAUUUUGAAUUUGAGUUGACGAAAUACAUACUUAUGGAAAUAAAGUGAUAGUGCAAAUAUAAAAAACAAUAUGAACCGAUUCAUAUGCUUACAACAAGUGUGAAUUUUUAUAGAGGGACUAAUAUAAUUGAAAAGCAUGUCUACUUUGUCGAGGUCAGUUCCUAUCAGCCAGCAAAAGCUGUCUGAAAAACUGAUAAUUCUCAAUGAUCGGGGUAUUGGAAUGUUGACGCGCAUUUACAACAUUAAAAAGGCCUGUGGUGACGCUAAAUCGAAACCAGCAUUCCUGUCAGACAAAACAUUGGAAUCUUCUAUCAAACACAUUGUGAGAAGAUUUCCCAAUAUUGAUGUCAAAGGAUUACAAGCCAUAACUAAUAUAAGAAAUGAGAUAAUUAAGUCCCUCUCCCUAUACUAUUAUACAUUUGUAGAUCUUUUAGAUUUCAAGGACAAUGUUUGUGAGUUGCUUAAUAUUAUUGAUGGAUGUCAGUUAACUCUAGAUUUGACACUUAAUUUUGAACUGACAAAAAAUUACUUGGAUCUUGUGACAACUUAUGUUGCACUAAUGAUAUUGCUGUCUCGAGUUGAAGACCGAAAAGCUGUGCUUGGAUUGUUUAAUGCUGCUCAUGAAAUGGUCCACAAUCAGAUAGAUGCUAGUUUUCCACGUUUGGGACAAAUGAUAGUCGAUUAUGAUGCUCCAUUCAAGAAGCUGUCAGAAGAGUUUGCUCCACAUCAAAAAGUUUUAUCUAGUGCAUUAAAUUCAUUAUGGCAUGUAUAUCCAGCAAGGAAUAAGACAGCCGAUCACUGGAGGUCUGAACAAAAGCUUAGCUUAGUGAGUAACCCAUCACAACUUCUAAAACCGUCUGAAACUGCAACUAUGUCCUGUGAAUAUGUCUCAUUAGAAGCACUAGAGAGAUGGGUGAUAUUUGGUUUUGCAUUGUGUCACCAAAUGUUGCAACAAGACCAUGCAAACAAAAUGUGGGUUAGUGCCUUAGAAUCCGGUUGGGUUGUUGCACUAUUUCGGGAUGAAGUUAUUUACAUUCAUACUUAUAUUCAAAGCUUUUUUGAUGGAAUUAAAGGAUAUGGUAAAAGAAUAUCUGAAGUAAAGGAUUGUUAUCAUCAAUCUGUUCAAAAAGCAGGCUAUAAACACAGAGAAAGAAGGAAGUUCUUACGAACUGCUUUAAAAGAAUUGGGUCUCAUUUUAACUGAUCAACCUGGUUUGUUGGGACCCAAAGCACUGUUAAUAUUUAUUGGUCUUUGCUAUUCAAGAGAUGAAGUUUUUUGGCUACUUCGACAUAAUGACAACCCACCACAAAAAGUUAAAGGUAAAUCUACAGAAGAUUUGGUAGACCGUCAAUUACCUGAACUUCUGUUUCACAUGGAGGAACUCAGAGCACUUGUAAGGAAAUAUAGCCAAGUUAUGCAAAGAUAUUACGUACAAUAUCUAUCAGGUUUUGAUGCAGUAGCCUUGAAUCUCAUGAUUCAGAAUUUGCAGGUGUGUCCUGAGGAUGAAAGUGUUAUAUUGUCAUCUCUCUGUAGUACAGCUGCCAAUUUAAGUGUUAAGCAAGUUGAGAGUAAUGAUCUAUUUGAUUUCCGUGCUUUUCGUCUUGAUUGGUUUAGAUUGCAGGCUUAUACAUCUGUUGCAAAAUGUCAAUUUAACCUUGUCGAUCAGAGAGAACUUGCACAAUUUAUUGAUAAAAUGGUUUUUCAUACGAAAAUGGUUGAUAAUCUCGACGAGAUAAUGGUGGAAACUUCUGAUCUGUCAUUAUUUUGUUUCUACAACAAAAUAUUUGAAAGCCAGUUUCAUAUGUGCCUGGAGUUUCCGGCCCAAAACCGUUACAUUAUUGCAUUCCCACUUAUUUGCAGUCAUUUCCAGAACUGCACUCACGAAUUGUGUCCGGAAGAAAGACAUCACAUAAGAGAAAGGAGUCUGUCGGUUGUUAAUAUAUUCCUGGACGAAAUGGCAAAAGAAGCAAAAAACAUAAUUACUACCAUUUGUGAUCACCAAUGCACAAUGAGCGACAAAUUGUUGCCGAAACACUGUGCUCAAACUAUAGCACAUUUAGCGAACAGAAAGAAAAAGGACAAAGGUAAAAAGAAUCCGAUAGAGAUUAUAAAACCUGGAGCUGAGAGCUACAGAAAAACUCGAGAAGAAUUAACUACAAUGGAUAAACUUCAUAUGGCGUUAACUGAAUUGUGCUUUGCAAUAAACUAUUGCUCAACGGUUAAUGUUUGGGAAUACACAUUCGCACCUCGUGAAUACUUACAUCAGCAUUUAGAAAAUAGGUUUUCUAAAGCACUAGUAGGGAUGGUCAUGUUUAAUCAGGACACAAGCGAAAUCGCCAAACCUUCAGAACUAUUGGUCAGUGUAAGAGCAUACAUGAAUGUACUUCAAACCGUCGAAAAUUAUGUGCAUAUCGACAUCACAAGAGUGUUCAACAAUUGUCUCCUUCAACAGACACAAAGUUGUGAUAGUCACGGUGAAAAAACUAUUGCAGCCCUUUAUACUCAAUGGUAUUCCGAGAUACUACUUAGGAGGGUUAGCGCGGGCAACAUUUGCUUCUCAAUGAGUCAGAAAGCUUUCGUGAGUUUAUCUGCUGAAGGUGCAAUCCCUUUCAAUGCAGAGGAAUAUUCAGAUAUCAAUGAACUAAGAGCACUAGCGGAGCUAAUAGGACCUUAUGGAAUGAAACAUCUCAGCGAGACUCUAAUGUGGCACAUCGCUAGUCAGGUUCAGGAACUUAAAAAGCUAGUAGUACAGAAUAAAGAGGUCCUCCAAAUGCUCCGAACAAAUUUCGACAAGCCUGAUAUAAUGAGAGAACAAUUCAAAAGGUUACAACACGUUGACAAUGUGUUACAAAGAAUGAGCAUUAUCGGUGUAAUUUUGAGUUUUCGUCAAAUCGCACAAGAGUCCCUGCUCGAUGUGUUGGAGCGUCGCAUUCCGUUUUUGAUAAGCUCCAUCAAAGACUUCCAACAACAGUUACCCUCCGGCGAACCUUCGCGUGUUAUUUCUGAGAUGUGUUCAGCCGCUGGACUGUCGUGUAAAGUGGAUCCUACAUUAGCUUCCUCCUUGCGACAACACAAAGCGGAACUUGAAGAAGAGGAGCAUCUCAUAGUUUGUCUGCUGAUGGUGUUCGUAGCCGUCUCUCUGCCGAGGCUCGCUCGUAACGAAGGUUCGUUUUACAGACCAUCUCUAGAAGGGCAUGCUAACAAUAUUCAUUGUAUGGCACCAGCAAUCAAUCACAUAUUUGGGGCCCUGUUCACUAUCUGUGGUGAAGGUGAUAUUGAAGAUAGAAUGAAAGAGUUCUUAGCACUAGCUUCGUCGUCGUUGUUACGACUUGGACAAGAGACGGAUAAAGAAGCUAUAAGAAAUCGUGAAUCGGUUUAUUUGCUUCUCGAUCUAAUUGUUCAGGAAUCACCAUUCCUUACAAUGGAUUUACUGGAAUCCUGCUUCCCGUACGUGCUCAUAAGGAACGCUUAUCACGAAGUAUACAAACAGGAACAGAUGCUUCUGCAUUCAUAAGCAGAUUCGCUUCCCUUAUCUUUAAACAUUACACUGACAUUAAGAAUUAUCGAAAAAUAAUAUUUCAUACUUUUAUUUUUCAACCGCCACAUUUUCCGUUAAUUUUCAUCUGAUACACAAAAUAUUAACCGUAAAAAUAGUUUUUCCUAUUUUUUUUGCUUUCAAAGGUACCCAUCCAGGUUAAGACCUUUUUUAUGAAACACUGGCGAAAAAAAACCCCUCUAAAUAAAAACUAACAAUUUCAUGUUUUUUUUCCAUACAAUUAUCAAAAAUAUUGCUAUAACUAUCUCCAAAAACCAUUUGGUGAAGUCUGAAUUAAGUAGAUAUGGUAUCGUAAGUAGCUGCUAACUUUAAUAAUACUUUUAUACCUAACUUAGGCUACACUACACAUUUUGUAACGUAGAAUCGUAUAAUGCUUUUAUAGGUGUUAUAUAAUAUAUAUUGUGAUUAGCGUCAUAACUUUUUAAAAGCCUUUCAUAACAAGUAUUCAUCAAUUCCUCGUAAGUUUUCAUGCUUGGUAUGCUUGUCUGCUGCGUUAAUUUAGUUUUUGGAUGAAAUUUCGUUUUAAUUCUAAAUUAUUAGAUAAGUAUAAGAUAUUUUUUCUGUAAAAAUAAUUUCGUUUAUGGUUAUAUCCUGUUUAUGACUUCCAUUUUAUUUCUAUAUAAUUUGUCUUAAGGAUAUAUUAAGUUCUACAAUGUUUACUUUCUUAAUCUAUCGUUAGGUACUUUAGGUUAUGAAAUGUUCACGUUUAAAUAAUAUUUUUGUUUUUACUAUAAAUCGAACAUAUUUUUGUUCCGUAUUCCAAUUAUGCUUAUAAUUAUGAAAUAUAAAGUUUUUGAUUUUAAAUACUUUUAUUAUUAUUAGUUUGUUAACAUCUGAUUUUGUAUUCUGUGAAUAUUUAGGCACCGGUGUGAAUGACGUAUUAUAAUGUCUAGUUAACUUACGAAACAACUUGCCAAGCUGACGCUGCCGCUGUGCCAUGAGGCACUCCGAGGCACUUGUAACGACAAUAUAUUUUAUAAUUUUAUAUUCGAUUAGUUUUGCAUUAGCAAUAUAACUGUAUUCUUAAUAGAGACGUAUCCACAGCUUUGUAUUAUCUGUAUAUUAAAAAUACAUUAUGACACUGAAA